AUGGCUGACAGCAGUCCCGCUCCCGGCUACUACUCUGGCCCUCCCGCCGCGACGCACGACAAGCACAAGGCGCCCGCUGACGGCCAGGUCAACGCCUCAGUCCCUGAUGGCUACUACAGUGGCCGUCCCCUGGAGUACGAUCCGCAGCAAGCGCAGGCACAGCCGCAGGCAACCGCUGGCGAGCAGGCCAACGGUCUGCUGGUGGCGGCGCCACAGCCGCAACCACGGCAGGAUGUUGGCGAACAGGUCGCCAACCACACUCAUGUCCAUGGCGUUCCUGGAUACUAUAAAGGCCGCGUCAACAACACGAACACUGUUGCAGCUCCUCCUUCAGCAGCCCCUCCUGCUGCUUCUCCUCUUCCUGCUCCUGCAGCUCAAUCGGAAAGGAAUCUGAGCUGGAUUGGCAAAUGCCCCUACGCCAGCCGGACCUCCCUUGCUGUUGCUCCUGCUCCGCCGUCGACCCAGCCUGACGGCGCAGGCACUGCCGCGCCCAGGCGUGGGGACCGCUUUCUCGGCCGCCAGCUAGCCAUCAAGGCCGUCGCGCGCAUGCUCGCGCCCGACGACAUCGUCAGGCGCCGCCGAUGCAGGGAGAAGCGCGGGCCCUGGCGUGGAAUCCCUCUGGCCUCGCGCUCCUGCUACGACUGCGGUGCCUCGCUGCAGGCGGCGGAGAGCAGGGGACAGGGGCAGAAAUCAGAUUGCAAAGAAAAUUUGAAGAACAAGCACUACAAGUCUGAUUCAUACCUCAUCAGCCAAGACCUAGUUGUUUAUUUUGCCAAAGACAAGGAUAAGCAUUAUGUUCCAGUUGAAGAUGAUGAGGAUGAAGUUGAGUCAGGGUCUGAGUUAGGGAAGUCAGGGUCUGAGUCGGAGUCUGAAAUAGAGGAAGCCGAGGAUUUAGUAGGAGACGACAAUGAGAAAGGUCAUGUCCUAGACAUAGAAUAUGAUAAAGAAGACCCUCCAAUGAUAGAAGGCACAACAUAUCCCAACAUGGCAACUUUUAAAUUGGCAUUAUCUCAUCAUGCAAUAAAAAAUGAGUUUGAAUAUAGAACUGUGAAAAGUUCACCAAAAAGGUUCACAUGUAUUUGUUCAAGAAAAAAUGAAGACAAAUGUCCAUGGAGGAUACAUGCUUCAACAACAAAAGACAAGCAGACUAUAAUGGUGAAGGACUGGCUCAUUGAUGAUGCAACUUUGGGAGCAAAAGCACUGCAGAAGAAACUAAAAGAGCACCAUAAGAUCUGGUUUAUGCAAUUGUUCAAAGAUGCUAUUGGUUCACCAAACGGUUUAGCCAUAUGUAUUGAUGCAGGGCAGGCAAUCAUGAAUGGUGUAAAAGAGGUGUUUCCACAAGUAGAACAUAGGGAAUGCAUGUUUCACUUAGUGACCAACUUUAAGAAGAAGUACCAUGGAAAAGUGUUUGAUGACCAUCUUUGGACAACAGCUUACUCAUGGAACCCCUAUGUAUUUGAGAAGCAUUGGCUUGCAAUGGAGAAAGAAAAACCAGCCGCAACCGCAUACCUAAGGAAAUGCCAUACUAGGUUGUGGACUAGGAGUUAG